GGCGCAGUGUUCCACUUCCAGCGAACCCAAACUGGUCUGGUCCAGCGGUGAAGGGGCAAAACACAAACAACCAUGUUGGCUGCUAAUAAUAAUUUCGAAGAAAAUAAGGUUUUAAAUAACGCGUGCGUUUGUUUAAUCAACUACUACCAAUCUGCAAUUCUAUUUUACUAGAUUUUAGAUUAGAUUCACAACAACAACACCACACAAUCACAAAACCACAAUCGAGGCGUUGCAGUGCAGUGCAGUGCAGCAUCAACAUGAGAAGAAACCACCAUCAAUCCUCCACUGCUAACAAUCGAGGACGACCGCAACAGUAUCGCCCCAAAUUCACAUCCCGCUAUGUCACCAAAUCCCAACUCGUUCCUCCUCCUCCUGCUCCCAACUCUGUGGCGGCGGAACAAGCUGCACCUGAUGAUGACCAUGUUGGGAAAAAUCACCACAAAGGUGCAUCAGAGUCAGAGCUGAACGGUAGCAACAUUGAUGAGACGAAUCACGUAGCUGGUCCAAGCGAGGCCAACCAAGAAGAUGAUGAUAUCAAUGAUCUCAUGGGGAGGCUUGAUAAGUUGCUCACUGAAAUUGAUCAACCUGGUGAAUUGUCCGAGGACCAGAUCGCUAUCAAUGACCAAUUGCAGCAAGAUGAGUUGCUAGUGGUGGAGUCAAUUUAUGGAGAAAACGUUUUCAGCCUUGAGAGAUGGAAAGGCCUUCGUUGUUUUCAGAUACACAUAUGCAUUGAUAUUUUGGGCGAAAUUGCAAUUAUCGCUAAGCUGAACUCUUCUAAUGAUCUUGAGACUGUAAGCAGUAAUUCAGAUGACUUCUUGUACUCUUUCAAAGUCCGGUAUCUUCCACCUAUUGUAUUGACAUGUUUAUUACCUAAGUCAUACCCAAGCCACCAACCACCUAUAUUUACAAUCUCUGUCAAGUGGUUGGAACCCUUAAAGAUUUUAAGUUUAUGUUCUGAGUUGGACUCAAUAUGGGAAGAGCAGCAAGGGCAGGAAGUAAUUUACCAUUGGGUAGAAUGGUUACAUGGUUCUUCUCUUUCUCAUCUGGGAUUUGAUAAGGAGAUUACACUAGGUCCUUGUGACGUCAAUCGUGUUGUAGACAAGCGGGUGGUUUCAGGAACCAAAAGCAUUGAUCUUGAUAUUCCUUUUUUACGAAGUUAUAACAAUGAGAAACACCAUGAGAACUUCCUAAAAGAAUUGCAUGAAUGUUGCAUAUGCUACAGUGAAUAUCCAGGUACUGAAUUCGUCCAGUUACCAUGCAAGCAUUUUUUUUGCCGCAAGUGUUUGCAGACCUUUACGCAGAUACAUGUAAAAGAAGGCACUGUUGGUAAUCUUGAAUGUCUUGAUGCAAAAUGUAAGGUUAUGAUUCCACCUGGCCUCUUAAAGCACCUACUGGCUGAUGAAGAUUAUGAACGCUGGGAAUCCAUGAUGUUGGAGAAAACACUUGCGUCAAUGUCUGAUGUUGUUCAUUGCCCAAGAUGUGAAACACCUUGUAUAGAAGAUGAAGACCAUCAUGCUCAAUGCCCUCAGUGCUUUUUUAGCUUCUGUACCCUUUGUAGGGAACGGCGGCAUGUUGGCAUAGCAUGCAUGACGCUGGAGAUGAAGAUUCAGAUUUUGAAAGACCGUCAAAAUUUAUCUCAAUUAAAGGGUGAUCAAAAGCGUAAGGAACUUGAAAUGAUCAAUGAAAUGCUCAGUAUGAAAGAAAUUCAUCGUGAUUCCAAGCUUUGCCCUUCAUGUGACAUGGCAAUUUCUCGAACUGAAGGUUGCAACAAAAUGAAGUGCGGUAAUUGUGGACAGUACUUCUGUUACCGCUGCAACAAAGCAAUUGAUGAAACAGAUCCAUAUGGACAUUUCAGGGAUGGAUCAUGUGAAUUAUUCCCUCGCGAGAUGAUUGAUGCCUGGCAAGAGAACUUAAAUGCUCGCCAAUUAGUAGGACAAGUACAAGCUGAACUCUUCCCUCAACGUGGCACAGCAUGUCCUAGUUGUCGACAAUUUAAUGCAAAGAUUGGAAAUAACAAUCACAUGUUUUGCUGGGCAUGCCAAAGCCAUUACUGCUACUUAUGCAAUGAGGUUGUCAGGCGCGGCACUAAGCACUAUGGACCGAAAGGCUGCAAGCAGCACAGUGAGGGAUAGUAUACCGAUAAGUACAAUGCCUUAUACAAGAGUAGAAAUGUAACAUUGAAUUUUUCUUUCUGUUUGAUCAUUUUUGGCAAUAUGAAAUGUAUCAGUUUCAUUAGAAUAUACCAGAUUGGUGAAGCCACCAUGAUUGAACGCAAAGGUGAAAACCAUUUAGUACUUGUCCAGUGAGUGUAUGAAUAGGUAUAAGGUUUGUUGCUAUUGCGAUCAAAUAGAAGAGGUAGAGAAUCAAUAAGGUUUUUGUUGUACAAC